AUGUUAUAUUCCAUAAGGGAGACUGAUGCAGAAGCAAAUUUGUCUUUAGAUUCAUAUACAGCAAGAAAAUCUUAAAAUUCUGAUCUUUAAAAAAAAUCAUAUAGUAGAUCAUUACCUAAACAAUAACAAAAUUUAGAUUAGGAAAUAUAAAAAUUAAACGAUAUCAUUGUGUAGUUAAGAAAGGUUGAAUAAUUACUUCUCAAUUAAGUCAAGGAUUUAAAAUAUGAGCUAGAAGAACAAUUUAAAAAUUCGAAUAGGAAUUAGAAAUACAUUGAUGAAUUGAAUAAGGAACUGUAGCAAAUGUCUGAUAAAUUACAUAGUGAAAUUAUGCAUAAUGGUUAAUUACAAAAGAUAAAUAUAGAAUUGAAAAAAACUAUAUUAAAAUUGGAAUAAGAAGUAAUCACAACAAAUAAAUUAAAUUAAGAUAUAUCUGAAGAAUUGCAAAUUUUGAAGUAAUAUUAUAUUAAGGAAGAUCUAAAUAUUCCCAUGAACAUAAAUUUAUAGAAUCUCUUUUGCAUAUGGUGGUUAGUUGCCAUCCAGACAAUUCAUUUCGUGAACAACCUUCACUUAAAUAGACUUGGAAGUGGCUCAAAUUGAUACUUGCUGAUUAUAUGAUACUUAAAUAACAGAGUAGAAAUUUUCAAGAAAACUCUGGUUAAAGUUCAAGUUCAACUAAUAAAUGA